UCGCCCCGGGGCUCGACUGGGGGGUGGGAACAAUGUUGUCCCUAUUGUUUUUGGUGGUUCUGUCUUGUACGUCGUUGGUGACUCCUUCAAAACACCUCCAAACCCAAACUAUUUCACAGAAGAACAUAUUCAUCUUAGCCGGACAGAGCAACAUGGCCGGACGAGGAGGUGUCAUUAACGGCAUCUGGGACGGCAUUGUGCCACCCCAAUGCCAACCCAAUCCGAUGAUCCUCAGGCUCGCGGCAGGGCUCCAAUGGGAGGAGGCACACGAGCCACUCCAUGCCGACAUCGAUUUCAGGACAACUUGUGGGGUUGGGCCUGGAAUGGCGUUUGCCAAUGAUUUGUUGACUAAGGUACCGAGCUUUGGGGUGCUGGGUUUGGUGCCUUGUGCUGUGGGAGGGACUAAGAUUGAUGAAUGGUCAAGAGGGACUAGGCUUUACAAUGAGUUGUUGAAAAGGGCAGGGUUUGCUUUACAGGAUGGUGGGUCAAUUCGCGCCAUUCUCUGGUACCAGGGAGAGGCAGAUACAGUGACCCAACACGACGCCCAGGUCUAUAAGCAGAAAUUGGAGAGUUUUUUCUUCGAUCUGCGCACUGAUUUGAAGUCUCCCUCACUCUCUAUAUUCCAGGUGGCAUUGGCAUCAGGACAAGGGCCUUACGUAGAGACAGUGAGAGAAGCACAACUGAGCGUGAGUGUUGAGCUUCAGAAUGUGGUGUGUGUGGAUGCCAAAGGACUACCACUGGAAUCAGAUGAGCUGCACCUCAGCACCCCAGCCCAGGUCCGACUUGGAGAGAUGUUGGCUGAUGCAUUCUUGCAGUCCAUUCCUAGCCCAACUCCGAGCCCAACGCAAAGUCAUGUUCCAAGAAGGUUUUCCUAUUCUCUUUCAAACCUUUUGAUCGGCACAUUGUUUACAACCCUCUUGCUGAUCCUGACCGUUGAUCGAUCUUUCAGUUGAGUAGUAUAAUUGUUAAUAAUCUGGAUGGUUACAAUUCAAUUGUAGCAAUAAUUAUUGGGUUAAAGCUUGCAAAUAGAGAAGGGAUAGAAAAACUGUCAAAUUUCAGCUUGUUUGAUUUCUUCCUGAAUUUGUAUACUAGUUUUUGCUUAUAUAUAUACGGAGUACUUGUUUUCUUUCCUUUCCUUUCCUUUGAAGGGAAGAUACAAAAUUUCCACAGUAAUAAAGAUAAGAUUAAGAGGAUGCAGAUAUACAGACCACUACAAAGUACUAGUGGAAAAUGAUGUGCAUCUUUUCUCCGUU